GGCAAUCCACCACGAGGCCUCCGUUGUUUGACGGGACAAACUACACCUAUUGGAAGGAGCGGAUGAGGAUUUACAUUCAAUCCACCAACUUUCUCCUUUGGAGAAUUAUCAAAAAUGGUGAAGAUGUGCCAAUGAAGAAGGUCGAGGAAACCAACGUCCCUAAGACCGAGAAUGAAUAUGAUGCACAAGACAUCAAGAAAGUGGAAAACAAUGCCAAGGCCAUCAACAUCAUCUAUUGUGUUGUUAACCCGGAUGACUACCGGAAGAUUUCUUGUUGCACCACCGCGAAGGAAAUGUGGGACAAACUAGAAAUCACCUACGAAGGUACGGAUCAAGUCCGAGAAGCCAAAAUUGAUUUUCUAACCCAUGAAUAUGAAUUGUUUCGUAUGAAGGAAAACGAGAAAAUCGAUGAGAUGUUUGAACGAUUCUCCAAAAUCGUCAAUGAUCUUCAUGCUCUCAAGAAGACGUACACGGACAAGGAGCUUGUGAGAAAAAUCCUGCGAAGUCUCACGCCGGAGUGGCGCUCCAAAGCCGAUGCCAUCCAAGAGUCCAUCGGCAUCACCAACGUCACCAUUGACGGGCUUAGAGGUAACCUCAAAACCUAUCAGUCCACCAUUCUAUUCCCUUCUUUAGGUGAACAAAAGAAGAAGGGGAUUGCACUCAAGGCUACCUCAAGUCAAGAACCCGCCAUGGAGGAAUCAAGCGAUGAGGACAACGAGUUCGGGCUCGUCAUCAAAAAGUUCCACAAGUUCAUGCGAAAAGAGUAUGAACGAAAGGGCAAAAAGCAUGGAGGACCACCCAAGUGCUAUGGAGAUGAUGUGAUGAUGCCAUUGUGUGUUCAAUUCUUCCCCAAUUUGCUCAACGCAACAUCAAAUCCUGUUUUGCCUUUGAUUUCACAUGCUCAAUAUGGUCCUCAGCCUCCAUCGUCAAUGUCUUUGAAUUUCAGUUUAGAUGACAAUCAUUCAAUGCCUACUGGGGACAUUGCGCUUGUCAAUCAUGAAAAGACUCGCCAGGCUACUUCUUUAAUUGUUGUUAAUCUUAUCAAGCAUCAACUCAAUGAUGUGACGCAGAAGCCGUAUCCUCCUGUCAAGGAACCAACUCAACCAAAAGCUCAAGCUUGUGGUUGUGGCCCAGAAAUGAUUGUUAUAUACUCUAACACGCCCCGUCACGUGCAGACAUCAUUCCGUGGCUCUGCAAAAGCUGUUACAUGGAAGUUUAUUUGUGCUGCAAAGGCUGCAACUGUUCGUGAACGGAAUUGGUAUAUGAAAUUGUUAGAUAAGGAGGAUCCAGCCAUUCAGCCAUAUCUAGCACGCAUUGGAUUUUCGAAGUGGUCUCGGGCAGAAUCAGCAAACAAUUGAUACUCAAUCAUGACAUCAAACAGUGCUGAGUCAAUGAAUAGUGUUGAUGCUU